AUGACGAUUGAGUGCCAGAAGGUGAAUCUGGUUGGGAAUGAAGUGAUUCCAGUCUCGUCAAAGAAAACUUGUGCCGAGUCGGAUUUCACUUGUGACAACGGCCACUGCAUCCCAGCCAGGUGGAAAUGUGAUGGUGAAGAAGAAUGUCCAGAUGGGUCAGAUGAAUCUGAAGCAGCAUGCACCAAGCAAGUAUGUCCAGCAGAAAAAAUUAGCUGUGGAGACUUAAGCAACAAAUGUAUCCCGUCGUCCUGGAGAUGUGAUGGGCAGAAGGAUUGUGAAAGUGGUAUUGAUGAGGCUGGUUGCACUCCUGCCUGUUCUCCCAAUGAGUUCCAGUGCAGUAACAAGUCAUGUAUCUCCAUCAUCUUCGUGUGUGACGGUGACAAUGACUGCGGGGAUGGCAGCGAUGAAAGAAAAUGCUCCCCUCUGACCUGCAACCCCAAUGAGUUCCAGUGCAACAACAGCGUGUGCAUCCCAGAGCUGUGGGUCUGUGAUAACCAGCCGGACUGUGAGGAUCAGUCGGACGAGUCCAUAGAGAAGUGUGGCUACGAUGCGAAGGCCCUCAACACCUGCGCGGCUCAUGAGUUCCAGUGCAGCAAUGGUGAAUGCAUCCACCUGAACUGGAAAUGCGACGGGGACGAAGACUGCAAGGACAAGUCUGAUGAGCAGGAUUGCCCUCUGGUGACCUGCCGGACGGAUGAAUUCCAGUGUGGCGAUGGGACUUGUAUCCAUGGAGCAAAGCAGUGUGACAAGGUGCACGACUGUCCUGACAACAGCGACGAGGCAGGCUGCAUCCAAGAGUCAGCAUGUGAAAGUCCCAGCAAGUUUCAGUGUAAGAGUGGAGAGUGCAUUGACGGAGGCAAAGUGUGCGAUUCACAUAGAGACUGCAGGGACUGGUCUGACGAGCCUCUGAAAGAAUGUGGUAUUAAUGAAUGCUCUAUGAACAACGGUGGUUGCUCACACAUAUGCAAAGACUUGAAGAUUGGUUAUGAAUGUGAAUGCCCGCCCGGAUACAAGCUUCUGGAUAAAAAAACGUGUGGAGACAUAGAUGAAUGUGAGAAUCCAGACGCUUGUAGCCAGAUCUGCAUUAAUUACAAGGGGGACUACAAAUGCGAGUGCUACGAGGGAUACGAGAUGGACACCCUGUCUAAGAACUGCAAAGCUGUAGGCAAGAGUCCGUACCUGAUCUUCACCAAUCGCCAUGAGGUCCGUAAGAUAGACUUGGUGAAAAGGGACUACUCUCGCAUCAUUCCCAUGCUGAAGAAUGUCGUGGCGCUGGACGUGGAGGUGGCAACAAACAGAAUAUAUUGGUGUGAUUUGUUCUACCGAAAAAUCUACAGUGCCUACAUAGACAAAGCGAGUGACACAGCUGAGCAGGUGAUUUUGAUAGACAGCCAGCUGAACUCUCCCGAAGGACUGGCAAUAGACUGGGUUCAUAAGAAUAUCUACUGGACAGAUUCCGGAAACAAGACCAUCUCAGUGGCCACUGCAGAUGGGAGCAGGAGGAGGACACUUUUCAACACUGACCUGAGUGAGCCAAGAGCCAUUGCUGUUGAUCCCACACGGAGGUUCAUGUACUGGUCUGACUGGGGAGACAAAGCGAAGAUCGAGAAAGCUGGCCUGAAUGGCGUGGGGCGGCAAGUGCUGGUGACUGACAACAUCGAGUGGCCAAAUGGCAUCACACUUGAUUUGCUGAAUCAGCGUCUCUACUGGGUAGACUCCAAAUUGCAUUCGCUGUCCUGCAUUGAUUUCAAUGGCAGCAACAGAAAAGUUCUGAUCUCUUCUGUUGACGACCUGAGCCAUCCUUUCGGCUUAGCAGUGUUUGAGGACAGAGUGUUCUGGACCGACCUGGAGAAUGAAGCAAUCUUCAGCGCAAACAGGCUGAAUGGCUUGGACAUCUCCGUUUUGGCAGAAAAUCUCAACAAUCCUCAUGACAUCGUGGUAUUUCACGAAUUAAAGCAGCCCAAAGCUCCGGAUUCCUGUGAGCUCAGCCCCCAGCCAAACGGAGGCUGCGAGUAUUUGUGUCUCCCUGCGCCUCAGAUCUCUCCCCACUCUCCCAAGUACACGUGUGCCUGUCCUGACAGCAUGUCGCUGGGUCCUGACAUGAAAAAAUGCUACAAAGAUCUUCCAACUACUUCAACUACUGUACUGGUUUCUACAACCGCAACAUCCCGAACUGCCGGUACCACGACCAUCGUGACUGUAAUUGGCAGUGCCAAUAACACCACUGAAGCCGUCCCCAAAGCUGCAUCAGAAGCUACGGUUACCACCCCGAGUUUUCAUUUACCGUCCACCACACCCAUCCUGAUAGAUUCUGAGAUGACCACUGGAAACAGCAACUUAUCACAGCACUAUGCCAAUAGUGACCAAGGCUUUGAUUCCACUGUGACAGCAGCUGUUAUUGGAAUUGUCAUUCCUGUCGUGGUCAUUGGCUUGCUGUGCAUGGGGGGAUACCUCAUCUGGAGAAACUGGAAACGGAAGAAUACUAAAAGCAUGAAUUUUGAUAAUCCGGUGUACAGGAAGACAACAGAAGAGGAAGAUGAAGACGAAAUCCACAUUGGGCGGACUGCCCAAAUUGGACAUGUCUACCCAGCACGCGUAGCAUUAAGCUUAGAAGACGACGGGUUGCCAUGAGGAUGACACUGCUGCUCCGAACAACACACUGAACAAAUCUGCUUUGGAUUACAGAACCUGCUGCUUCUUUUUAAGCGUUAUUUAUGUUGCAGAAGGGUAACCACAAAGUUAUAAUGAACUGCAAACAUCCAAAGGAUGUGAGAGUUUUGUAUGUAUAAUCUUUUAUACACAUUUUAACUUGUUGCACUACCCAUUUGUGAUAGUGAAUAAGCGACAGCUGAGCUACUAACUCAACGUACAUAACCAGCCAGGCUGAAGGUUCGGUAGCUACUGCUUUAUUUUAAGAAUAUAUUUAUAGAUAUUUUUUUGUAAAUAUAUUUCAUAUGCUUUGUGGCUAUCCAUCAACAUAAGUAAAACAAAUUCUGUACAGGCAGUUUAGAAAUAUUUAUUAACAAAACCUGAAUUAUAGGAUCUGUUCUGUAAAUAUCGUAGAGGGGUGAGAGUAUUUAUUUUUUGUAUGUUUGGCUUGCUGUGCAUAGAUUAUCUGUGUAUAUAUCUAUCUAGACUAGAUAGAUAUAUAGGCAUAUAAAUAUAUACAUAUAUAUAAAAAUAUAUACAUAUAUUUUAAAA